GCUCGCGCGCUCGCUCGCUCGCUCUGGCCGGUUGUUUUUGCAGCAGGCUUUCAGUCGCUCGGUCGGUGGCUCGGAGGCACCGUGCGCCGGAAUACUUCCUCUUUCACUCUCACUCUCACUCUUCACACGGUUCGCGCAUUUCUCCUACCCCUUGACCAGUUUGUCGUCGUCAUCGUCGUCGAUGGGUUCGAACGGUACGGAACUUCGCGGAAUAGUUUUUGGGCUGUGUGUUUACUCUAGCCUUUCUUAUUUCGUUGCUAGUGUGUGGUGAGGUGUGUAUGUGUUGGAUAGUGCUGUUUGGCGUUUUUUUUUGGCAACACGGUGGGGGACCCGCACACGUUUGCUUGCCGUUCGGUGGCCUCUGGAGACCCUUGAGACAGUAUUGUCCGAUGAGUCGGGAUCCAUCGAUCGCUGGAAACGCGCGUGCGUGAAGUGCUUUCUCCUUUGCUUUGCGGUAUACCGUAUCACCAGAACGAGGACCUUGUGUAAUAUCUAUCGACCGAACGGUGGGGAGUGGGAGAGAAUCCAUUCAUCCCGAGAACCAUUUUCGUUCUAGUUCUUCAGCUGACACCUGAGCUUAUGAGCAAAUGUGUAUGUGUGUGCGUUGGGAACGAGGCACGUUUUGUUUUGAUUUUAUGAAAUGCACAAUAAAACAUACGGUACGAAAGAUUCUUGAGGUGCAGAACGACAACAGCUGAUUAGAAUAGUUUGUUAUAAAUGUGAAGUGGCUGGUGACAGUAAGAGUCAUGAUAAUUAAAAUUCUAAAUUCCGUCAGUCACAGGAAGCCCGCUACUAGGGGCUAGGUGUUAGUGUGUCUAAGCACGAACGUCCAGAAUAAUCGCUCCUGGAAAACUUGGGAACAUUGGGAAGCAAGUCACUUCAGUGCAGCAAGCUCCGAUAGUGUUGACUGUGUGGUAUUGGUGAGAACGUAGUGUUGAUAGAGAGUGCGCAUGCGGCCGCUGUGUGAUACCUUGCUGUCUGCUGCAGAGCCGGAGAUGCAAUUUGAUUAAUUAAUAUAAACAGAUCUUUCUGAACAGCGCCGUUUCGGUGCGCGGUGUUGCAGUGAGGUGCAUUGUACAAGGUGGGGACGCUCCCCCGAGAGCCCUUUAGAACCUCCCGCUAGUAGCAGUGUGCGCGUCGUGCGAUCGUAGUGUGGAAGCUCCGCUUUAGAAUGGAAGCUAAUUUGAAUUGAAAAAUGAAACGCAUGAAAUAGCACGUACAAGGUCACAUGGAUUUGCAUUCACAGGAAAAAAAAGAGUGUUAGCAACCAUUGCAAGCUACCGCCUAGGGAAGUGUACGCGUGCGGAACUUGUGUCGUUGUUUGAUAACUAAGCGUGAGAUAACUGAUCUAGAUCAGUGCCGCGAGAAAACAACUGAGGAGGCGCUCUGAAUCGCGCUAAUUCACCAAAUGUUUUUCAAGUUUGACAAGUGUUUACCGUUCUCUUGACGAAAAUAAUCGCGGCCUUUGUUGGUCGCACGAAGGCAAUGCCUUGAAGAAACAAACCGCUUCCCACCGUUACCCGUUCGGUUUCAUGUUUCCCGUUGCCCGAAUGUGUGUGCCCGCAUGAACCUAAAUUUAGAGUGAACCCUUCCUUCCGUUUAGGCAGCUGGAGUCAGCAGUUUGUAGUAUGGUCUUGUAUGAACCCGAAAUACCAGUUAUUAGGCGAUUGGACGCAUAAACCAGGUUAUACACGAAGAAAGGAAGGGAAGAAAAAAUUUAACAAGUGAAAGCAUUGUGCACUUAAACAAUUAUCGGCAAACAGUUAGUGCUCGCGACAAGUAGAAAAGAAAAGACGAAAUCGAAGAACGCGCGACAGCCUUUAUCCGGUUUGGUGUAUUUCCUCCGUUCUGAUCCCGGCCUAUAAAUGAAUAUGGAAUUCCAGCCGCUGCCACCGGUUUCAUCGAUGAACAUUGGUCCACCGACACCUGCUCCGUCGCCCCAUAUACAAAUUAUCCCGAAUGGGUCCGGUAGUGCAAACGGGGGUACCAACAACAAUACCAACACGGUGGCCAAUCAGCUGCUCAAUUCGAUGCCACCGCCAAUCCUACCGGUCGGUAUGCCGCUGCAGCAGGUGGUUCACAAUCUGCAGCAACUGACCAACGUUAAUGGGUUGGCUCAGCAGCAUCACCAGCAGCAACAACAACAACAGCAGCAGCAUCAGCAGCAACACCAACAGGCACAGGCUCACCAGGCUCUGCUCGGAUCGAACAAUACCAACGGACUUAACGGGAUCCAUCAGAACCAGAGCCUGCCGCCGACAUCGCAGCUUCUGCAGGCAAUUCAUCACAACACGAGCAACAACAACAACAACGGCCUCAACAAUAACAACAAUAAUAACAACAAUUCGAUCACACAGUAUCAGGUGCAGCAGCUCUGGAGACAUCACGCCUAUCUAAACGGUAAAUCAAGCAAUAACAAAGACAUCUGCGGCGACGAUAAACACAAAGAGGAUGGCGACCCGUGGAACGUGGAAGCACAGGCGGCAUUCUUGGGGCCGAAUCUGUGGGACAAAACGCUACCCUACGACUCUGAUCUCAAAGUGCACCAGUAUGCCGACCUUGAUGAAUUCCUGUCAGAGAAUGGCAUCCCGGUGGAUGGUUUGCCGGGCAGUCACCUGGGCCACUCGACCAGCCUCACCGGCCGCUCCGACAGCCUGGGACACUGUGCGGGCCUUUCGCUGGGCCUCAGCCAGGUGACGACGAAACGAGAACGCUCCCCAUCGCCCUCAGACUGCAUGAGUCCGGACACGAUAAACCCACCGUCGCCGGCCGACUCGAUUUUCGAUGUUGCAGCUUUCUCGAUGUCCUCGACGACCCGGGACUUUGAUCCCCGAACACGGGCUUUUUCCGACGAGGAACUAAAACCGCAGCCAAUGAUCAAAAAGUCCCGGAAACAGUUCGUGCCGGACGAUAUGAAAGACGACAAGUACUGGGCACGGCGCCGGAAGAACAAUAUGGCCGCGAAGCGAUCACGCGAUGCCCGACGAAUGAAAGAGAAUCAAAUCGCGCUUCGAGCUGGUUACCUGGAAAAAGAGAACAUGAACCUGCACCGGGAAGUGGAACAACUGAAACAGGAAAACAUGGAACUACGUGCCCGCCUAUCCAAAUAUCAAGAGGUAUAAUCUUAACUCAACGCAUCCCUAGUUUACCACACUACUACGUCCACCAUCAUCAUCAUCAACAAAAACAAACACAGCAAACAACAGCUACUAAUCUAAGCUAGUACAGUUCAACUACCCGUAAGUGUCACCAGCAUCCGUAGGCGACUAAAGUAAAAGACAGCGGCAGCAGCAUGAGCAGUAGCGCGAGCGCAGCAACGUUUUAUGUUGGUGGGAAUGAACGGGACAGCGGAAGUAACGCAACCCUACGGCAGCAACAACAGCAACAGCAUUGUUACCAAAAACAGCAAGUAAAUUUGAGCUAGGCAAUGUAUAGAAUAACAGAAAGAAGAGACAGCAAGGAUUAAAUACUUUUUAGUAAUGUUGUUCGUAAACUCACCGAAAGCUGUAAAGCCAAUUGCAGCUCUUACACACCACACACGCAUGCGUAGAUUCACAAACCAUCACGCAAACAUAGUGCAACGUCAGGCUUCUGAAACAAUAGUGAUAGCUGAAAAAAGCGGAUGAGAUAAAAAACAAGAUGACAGCUUCAACCCAGCCACACCACCACAGACACAUCACUCUAUGCGUUUUGAACGAUUUGAUUAUGCUUCAGUCAGUUAUCGAUAAGGUUACCUGUUCUAUAUCAGAUACGUGCGAUCCUCAAUACCUAGAAGUCUAGAUGCUCUGGCAUCUAUUCUCCAUUGUUUGUUUUCUUUAUCGGAUAAUGUUAGUGAAACUGUUUAAUUUUUGAAUAGGACGAUUCUACUUUUAAGUCAGUGCGUGUCAGAUGCGUGUCCAUUACUCAGAAUCAAUAGACGGAGUGAAACGUGGCUCGUGAAGCAUUACUACUGUUACUAAAGGAAGAGGCAAACAAAUCAAGUAUAAAAGUAUACAUAAGACUGCGUCGAGGGCUUAGCAGCAACAGGUAGAACGCAAGCUUUUGCCCGUUAGUACGCGUUGUUAGAAGUUAGUGCGUUAUGUUUAUUCUGCUUUAUGUUUGGUUUGUUAUACAGAGGAAUGAAAGCAACAGCAACGAGAGUUGUACGUUUAAAAUAAAGCUAAUUUACGUACGUUAGGUAAGAAUGAAAACGGUAAACUAUCCGGGAAAAUUGCAAUGAUCACGAGCAGGAAGGUGUGCAUAGUGUUUUUAACGAAAGGCACGGUUGUUGUCCCUCUUCGCGUGUAAAGUGGUUCGUUUCAAUGGACGCUUACGAUGUGCCUCGCCAGACGGCGCUGGUAGGAGUUGAAAGUUUCCGCGUAACGCCCGAAUGACGCCUGUAUGAUGCGAUGCGAUGGGAGGAUGUAGCUAAACUGUUUAGCUACUAUAGUUACCGUUUUGGUUCCAGUUUCGGACAGUCAUGGAAUUCAGAUUGCAAAAUUUGACUGCAAAAGUAUGAUACAAACAAUUACAAAAUUACUAAGUUGUUGAUUAAAAAAUUUUAUUUCUAGUCUCGUUUAGUACAAUAUAAUGACAAUAUUUUUUCCUGAUGCUCAAUAAUUUCUUGAGAUCUUUCGAAUAAUUAUUGUUGCUAAAAUAGUUGAGAGCACAACGAAUGACUAUUUGUUGGUAUUUCUUAGCACAGGAUAGUAAACCAGUGUGAAUUGUGUAAAACGAACGUUUUACUUUAACGAUUCUGUACUUAGACUUCAUUUUGAUUAGUUUUCGAAAGACAAAGUUGUGAAAACUUUCCUCGCAGAUGAUUAUUCAUCUUACAGUGUUCUAGCCGUUUUUUGAUUUUUUUUUCACUGACAAUGGAUGUCUCGAGUAUUGAUGCAAUGUACUACGACCGUGAGACUCCAUUUGGUACAACAGUAGUGGAGGAUAAUGAACUCAGAAACAUCUGUUUGAAAUGGAAAACAAAGCUGUCUUACUCGUCUUCCAGUUAAUCAGUUUUCUACCAUUACCUUCCAUUUUUCUAUUAAAACUGAUAUUCACUAGUUUUUUUUUAACUAAACACUUUGGUGAAAAGUUAUGCUAUUUAUUCGCAAAAAGAACAAAAAACAAUUUUGUUUUUUAAAAGAUACUUGUUCCAGUUGUUUAAAAACAAACGAAACGGUAGUUUGGUAAGUCAAGAGUUCGUACAGUUUGCAUCGUCACAAUCAAGCAUCUAAUUUACCAAUGAAUUCUAGUAUGAAUACCAGAAAAACAACGGCCUUCUCAAGUCGCAUAAAUAAGAGAUACAGUUUCUUUCUGAUAACCUUCGGAGAGGUUGAAAUAUUGAUAAAAUUUGAAGAAAAAAUGUUGGAACUGAUGAGUCAUUUGUUCUCGUCGGUACCGUAGCCACCUGGAGACAAAAAAAAACAAAUGAAUUUAGUGAAUGCUUGAAAGUAUUUUCACAAACAUCAGCGUAUAAACCUUAAUAUCUAAACUAUCGAUUUGUGAAUUUGUUUAGAUUAAUUAUCGAAUUGGGUUACCUGCUACACGCCGAAGAGGGAAAACGCCAGAAAGUACUAAUACGAUUGUGUCAAUUCGAUUAUUGUUAAAAAAGGGACAGAUAAAAAAUGCUCCUGAAGCCCUGUAAAAAUGUUACAUUGAACUAAACAAGCCUGUAAUUGAUAGAAAUUAUAUCUGUAAAUAGCCUCUGUAAUAAUAAGAAGUUAGCGAGCAAACAAGAGAAAGAGAAAUUAAGCUAUAUUUACAAGACGCACGUACUGCAGAAGAAAUUGAAUAAUUGACGAUUACAACAAAUAUAAAACGAAAACAACUAGUUGAGCGGCAAAGGUUAAAAAAAUAUGUUAGGUUACUAAUUCUUAAAAAAAGAAAUUGUUCUAAAUUUGGUUCUGUUUCUCGUUCCGGGUUGCUUCUGUUAGGUUUAUUAUAGAAAGUUCGCAGCUGUCCUCUCAGAAGGUUUAGUUGUGUUUGCGCCGGUGGUAGCCUUCCUCAAUAGCACAGCAAAGUCAAGCCGAAGCUUUCGAAUCGUUUCUCAAAACAAGUAGAAAACUACACAUACACAUACCCGUAACUGUAGAGUCCCUGAAUAGUGAAGCAUAACAAAAAGUGUAUAUUAACUAGUGGUGUUUUAAGAAAAAAAGGGAAAUGACGUAGUUAAACAAGCAAACUAAAGCAAAGCAUGAAUCGUUAAUUAAAUGAAAAGGAUUAAGCAAGCAAGCAAACAAAAAAAACAUCCAUUAGUAGUCUGAAUCAAAAACCUUAGUGAUAGUACCAAGAUUGAAUGAGAACCUGUAGUUGUUAGUGGAAACAAUAUUAUUAGUAAGUAAUGAACAAAGAAGAGAAAAAGUGAAUCAAAAAAAAACAAACGAGUUGAUUGUGGACAGCAAAACGAAAAAUAAGAAAACAAACCACUUAAGCCUGUGUAUAAAAUAUAAUAAAAAAAACCAACAGAGCGAUACAAGUUGCGAGAGCAUCCUACACGUCCCUACUUUAGUUCGACGACAGAAGUCGAUACAAACAGUGCUGAUUGAUUGAUUAGUAGAUUGAUAACGUAACCCACGAAACAAAACACAAACACACUCAUUCACUCACCCACUCGACUUUAUCGAGAGAAAAAUAAAUCGUAAAAUAAUGUUACCGGUAAAAUUUACCUAGUAGUUGUAGUAGAGUAAAUAAAAGCGUCCCAUCCAAUCGCGUAUAGGAAUAUAUCGUUCGCAAUAUCGCGCUUAUACUUGUCUGUCAAAAAUCGUUAUUGAAGUUAAAUCGAUCCAUCCUUGUUUCAAGCAUCGUUGUUUUGUUUCGUUAGAACCCUCUCCUUCUCCUACCUCCAAAGCUAACCCUCAUUAAGUUUUUGUUUGUAAAUUGUUAUUAUUCUUACGUAGAGCAAAUAUGUGGGCCUGACCUACCUACUGUAGUAAAUUGCACCUAGUUAUCCGAACACGGUAGCCUCUAAUUCUAACACUUUGUCACAACACACACGCAUACACAUUCACUCACCCGCAUAUAUUAAAAGCGUCUCAGUUACUUCGUCCUUUCGGCAUCCCUAUUUGUGUAAAGUAGGCAGCAAUCAACCGAAAAAAUAACACGUCUUAUUUUUCUCUUCUACUUCAUUGUGCAUAUCGUACCGCAUCGAUGUCUGAGUUUUGUUUCUACAGUCAAUAUCACGAAAUAAUUUGUUUUUCAACCGCAAAAUGUUAACAAACUAUGAACUCCUGUUGAAACUCUAAAUAUUUUUCAAUUGCAAAAAAAAAGUUUUUAACAGUAAUUGAAACUAAAGUCAGAUCUUCAAAAAGUUGAAUUGCUAAUUUUACUGUGAAAUUUCUACAACCCCGAUAAAUUCAGAUGGGUGUUACAUUAAUGCUCAACUAAUACUGUUCUGUGUUGAUCAUACCUUCAAAUCUUUUAACAAAACUUAGGAAGAACGAAAAGUAGUUUUGAAAUAAAAAAUCCAACGAAAUAUAUAUUUAGUACAAUCCGACAUGUAUAAGUAAACCGAGGUCAUCUGUGGCAGAAAGAAAAACUUUAUUUUUUUUCUAAUUCUCCGGACAUCGAUGCAGUACGGUACCGAAAUUGAAGUGGUUAGGUGUUGAUUUUUAAUGAUAAUCGUUUAAAGAAAUAUUUAUUUGUGAUCUUUCGGCGUAUUUUCUACUCUUUUUUCUCCUUUCACUUAUUAUUAGAGCAACUGCUUUAUUUACAAAACAAGAAAUAAAAAAUCAAUCGUUGUGUUCUAGUUUUGCGAACAAUUAUUAGCGUACUACUUAAAAGCUUUCAGUUCAAAUUUCGUACUCUGUUGAAUGAUAGAGGAAUGCCCAGAGCCGCGUGCGCGUGCAGUUUUUACACUUUUUUCGUCAUUCUUGUACCUAGCUGUCAACUUCGAAAAUAAGCUAUAUCAACUCUUCUGUAAGCGGAAAGGAAAACAUUUAUUGUGUGGAAAGGCAAGGAUAAGAAAUUUAAGAAAAAAAAGUAAGCAAUAGAAGAAAGCAGACACCGAGGUAAAGAAACAUACAGCCAAGUUUACAGUAAUAAAUAGAAAGUUUGUUUUCUUUGUUCCGUCAGUAGAAGGGAAAAACACAUACACACAUGAAUAACUAUCGCCCCGAUUGUGUCGCCGGGUAAUGUCCGCAAGCGAUCGUUACUUUAUUGCUAUUAUUUUUUUGAAAAUAAAAUCAGUAAAACAGUAAACAUACUUUUGUUGGUUGGUUUUAUUACUGUGUUGAGUUGUUUGAAUUGUUUUUUUUUAUUCAUUUUCGUUUUUUUUUAUGUUAUGUUUGCCGAAAUUCCUAUUUUGACAGUAAAAAUCUUUCUGGAGACGCUGGGCUAAAAUUUAUAAACGUUGAGAUAAAUUUACUCAAUACCGGUCGAUAAAAGCUAAAAAAAAAUGCCUAAGAGCUCUAAUGGGAAAAAAGGAUUGAUUAUAGCUUUUCAAUCAUAUUGUGUGAAUUUAUGUGCACCUAACGAAGGAGGUUACCUAACGUUUGCUUACGGGAAAACUUCUUAUAAGUCUCUGAACACUAUACUCAUGAUUAGGGGCACCAAAAUUCACAGGAACGGUUAAAAAGCUCAACUCCAAAUUUGAGCUCAAGGAGAAUUUUAUUUUUGCUUUUGUGGACCGUUUGUGAACACCGGUUUAGCCUAGAGCUCAAACUGAUAAAAAAAAAUGAAAGAUCAUAUCUUUUUGACCAUUCCUGUGAAUUCUGGUAUUCGCAGCCAGCUCGUAAAGUCUUCUGAGAUUUAAAUGAAGUUUUCUCGUGAGCACACGUAGAAGCGACGAACUUGGUGAGCUUUCAAUCUUUUGAUGCAAUUCCAAGCUCGCUAGGAGACCAAAAUUCACAAAAAUGGCCAAAAAUCUAUAAUUUUUCAUAUUUUUCCAGUUUGAGCUAUAGGGCAAAACCUGUAUUGACCAGUGUAAUUACCCUAUUCUCCAUUUAUCCAACCAGGUAGUGGCGGAAAAUUCAUAAAAUUAAUUGCCGAGAUUUAAGUUAAAUUUACAGUGCCUAGUUCAAUACAAGAACAACUUCCAAGAAGUACGGUACUAAUCUGGAAAAUAUUUUUUAGCUUUUGACUUAAAUUGAAUCAUACAUCUUUGUUUUAUUUUGAAUUAAGUUCUGUUUGUUUUAUUUAUCAAUUCUCGAUUGCACACCUUGUUUUAAAUUAUUUAGCAUGAAAAUAACACGGCACAUGGGCUUAACCGCUAUCACACGUAAUCAUAUAGUUCCUAUGAGAAAUAUGUAGCGUUGAAAGUUGUUUCAAAAUUGCUAUAGUAUAUAGAAAAUUUUCCGAAAGGGCAUAGAAAAUCCGCACUCUGCAGGUUCUACUCCUACACAGCCUAAAAUUGGUAGGGUUCGCGAUCAUAAUAUCACAGAAUAUUGGAAUUCUACGAUUUCUCACCUAAACGUAGAUCACCGUAAGCUAUCUGUACUGAGCACUGUCUGUUUCUAGUUUUACGGCUUUUAGAACCGAAAAAGGUAGUAAGCGAGAGUGAGAAAGCAAAUCUGCUUAAUAAUUAUAGGAAAUACCCCUCACACUGACUCACCGACUUAUUUAACUGAUAUACUAAAAGCUAAAGAGAAAAAAAAAGAACUAUCAACUGUACAACUUUUCGAAUUUUCAGUAAAAAAAACUCUACACCUAAUUUAAAUAGUAGAAACGAAAAACAGGAAAACAUUCAUUAAAACCUAGUCAUCUUUCAACCAAUCGCUCACGAAAUUUAAGCGAGAAUAGGCAGCACUAAGUGCUACGUGGCUGACAUUGUUUUUUUACUCAGUUUUGCGAAAAAUAAAUCCACACCAAUAUAAAAAUGUUAAUACCCUACGCUGAAUGUUAUUCGAAUUUAUAGACGAGAAAAAAAUCAAGUCAUAGAACAAUAAUAGGUUAAACGACAUUCUUUUGUAGUAAAAUGAUGAACAAAUAAAAAAAACAAAAAAAAUUGAUUGGCGCUUCGUUUUAAUUGAAGCAGACUGUAAAAUAGAUGUAAAACGCAUUUUGAAAGUAGGAUUUUCCAAUCAGUUUCAUAAAUUUAUUGUUGACAUUUGGGUUGGUUUCACUCUCACCGACACGAAACAAAAAACACAUACACACGCAGAAAUAUACAAAGUAAAAGCCUAUAGUGGCAAACUGGAAAACGAAAUAAAAAAUGAUCACAAUUGUGCUGCUAAUAUUUACAAAACAAAUUAACCGUUCAGCAUAAGGGGGCAGUGCUAUCAGAUCAAAAUCAGAUCAAAAUCUAAAGAGUCACUGCAAGUUGUUGAGUUUUCCUCUGAAAGGGAAGAAUUUGAAAUUCGUUACAAGUUGUAAUAAACAAAAAUACACCGGUGGAAGAGAACGUAAAAAAAUUGUUACUAAAUAGGGGUAAAAUGCUUCCGUCCACCAUCCAUUUUCUCAAACCGAGCGGAUAGGCAGAAGGCAAAUAAUCGAACAUCGCCUGUCUCAAAUGCUUUUGGGUUCAUCUUAAAGGCAGCACAGUAGUUUAUUUCAUCAUUUCAUCACUAUAUUAGCGUCGCCAUGAUUAACCUAUUUAGUGAGGAUCAAUAGUAUCUGUCAAUUUAGAAGCUUACGUUUAGAUGAAAUGAAGCUGAUAUCAAUUUGUACUUAGUAGAAUUCUAGUCAAGUGAAAGACGAAUAAGGUAAAAGUACACGCUAAACAGAAAGAAUUAGGAAUUGGAAAAAAUGCGCCCAGCAGUAGGCUACCGGGUGCUUGGGAUACUUCGUUUCUUUUUAAGGUUCGUUUCCAAAUCCAAAUAAUAAACGCAGUAGGCGAAAAAGGCACAGCAUUACUAGUUUUAGCCGCAGUUGGGAAAACCAAAACGGGAGUCUGCAAUCAAAGAUCCGUUCUCUGGUUGUGCACACGCUACUAGUAAAAACUGUUAGUUUAUAGUGAGUUCCACCAAACACAACGUUACUUGCAGAUCAAUGGUAGUGUCUAACAAUAACGCAAACAAUAACAGUUGAAGCCCGCAGCAGAUGCGGUUUUAAUAUUAAGUAAUACAAUUCUUUAAUCUUUCCCCCUCCUCAUCAAUGUAGCUCGACUAGUUGCGAGUUCCGACGAUUAAAUACUGAAAUCAAGUGAAGAGUUUUAACAAAUGUAGCGACAACACUGAGACCGGUGGAGGGCUAAAGAGCAUGUUCAAUAUACGUUCGUUAGAUGCAAACAAAACUAGCAAUCAAGAGUCGAAGACGAAAUAGUUCAAAUAAACAUCACAUCGAUGAAGCUGCGAUAAUGUGCGGUAAGAAUAACAACAAACAACUGUACAAGCCUAACCAAGUCUUCUAGAAGAAAUCAUAACCAAACCUGAUAAUUAAAAACAAGAAUAAACAAACAAAUAAACUGCUUGCUAUGGACUGUUUUUGGCGAGCUUCGCUUCGCAGCUCUAGCUUUGCAUAUCUAUCGGCUAUUUGUUUCUCACAUUCCUUCUUUCAACCCAUACACUCUUAUGGAAUAAGUACACUGAGAAAGUAAACGUUACUACCAUUCGAACUCGAACUGAAUCUAUAUCCUACAAGAUAUAUCUGACACAGGUGAAAAUUUUUCCGAAGCUCUUUCCCAUAUUUGGAGCCAAGAACCAACGUUUUUUCCGUUCCUGAGACGUUAUUUUUAUAUACCCUAAAUAUUACCCAACAAAACCUCCCGAAAGACUUCCACGUUCGUUAUAUGCAUAUAUUUACCAGGUACCGAUAUUAAACACGAACAAAGUGUAAACACAAAAGAACAUAAAAUAGGAAGCCAAAAUUCAACAAGUCUUUAAAGGUUCUUUUAUUCACUGUACUGAUCGAGAUUACCGAAUGGGAACGCCGCAUUCACGAGUCGAAUUUAAUAUAAGCAUAUUUAAUGUUACGGAGAGCGCGUUACGCGGUAAGGACAAACACUCGACGAUCGAGUUUAAGAAAAACUACUGCAGUUACAACCACGGGGAAGAACGUUGGAUGUACCAGGAUUGCAGACGGAGAUUGAAUAAAAGAAAGAUCAAUGUGCAAACUAAUUUUUUAGUUAAUUAGUACUUAUAAAAUGUUUAGGACGCAUUCAGAUGCAUUCAAAGAUUUUAUGUUAUAAUGAAGCAAAUAUUAUUUUUCUCAGCAAGUUUCUAGUCACUUUUUUUUUUGGAAAACGUUGAAAUGAAAUUAAAGUCGGAAAAUUUUGUCUGUAUUCAUUUAAAAAAUACUUUGACUAAAAUCAAAUUGAAAACGAUACAAUUUACAAGACAAACCUAAGCAAGUGGUUCAGAGUUCAACUAAAACUAGACAGAAAUUUUACAAUUCUCAUGAGGCAAUUUACAUUCAACUGUUCAGUCUCCGUCGGCAAUACCAUAUACUGGAAAUAUCAAACAAAAUCAUCGACAUGCGAAAAAACAAUACAGAAAUAUAAAAGCACAGAGUUUAAACAGACGAAACGAAAAAAAAGAAAUCACUCAAAGCAAAACGCCAAACGGUUUUCCACGAUCAAGCGACAAAAUAAUGCAAUCGAGAAGCAAAUGAAAAACGUGACAAAAAAUAAAUAAACAAGUGAGUAAACCACCAUUAGAGUGAACUCGAAGAAAACCAUACACUAAAAGUGCCUGAUAAUGUGGAUUUUUACUUCCGUUAGAAACAGAAAUCGAGUAUUUGGGUUUAUUUGAUAUCGAAGUUGAUGUUUUCGACGGAUAAAUGUCCUCGUUUUUAUUGAUUUUUUUUCUAAGCAGCUCUUUUUUAGCGCUGUUUCUACGCUGGUAAUAGAUGCUACUGUAGAAGACAUAUUCUAAUUAGUUUUCACCGAGUAGCAAAUGCGGUUGACAUUAUAUUAUAGUAUAAAUAAUCUAAACCGGAAUGCACAUCGCUGAGCUGCUCGCAUUCGCAAAAGGCAAGCUCCUUCAAACAAUUAGAUGGAAACUACACCACUAUUCGUUAAAGUAAUCAGUGUAUCGAUUUGUUUUCAAGUUUAAUUGUUACUCACUCAGUCAUCAUAGUUAUUCACCAAGUCAACAAAGGUUAUUAGAAGAAACAGUUGCAAAUUACAGACAUACUUAUACAGAAUACAAAUCGCAUAUUAUAUGUAAAACUUCCGCAGACAAAAAGAAAAAAACACAAUAUGGCUAUUCAUCUGAAGAAAUGGAUUGAAAAAACGAUAAUAAGCGUCACUACAGAAUCAUGCAUUCAAUACCAUGCAAAAUAAAAAGCAAAUCGAAAUAUGAUAUCACAAACAGUGUAUGAAAUUAUACAAAACAAAAUGCUGAUUUUAGAGGAAUAUUAUUAAUACUAUCCCACAAAUGACCGUUGAGAGAGGGGAGAGAAAGUAUAGGCAAGCAUUACCCUGCUGUAAGCUGUAAUUAGAAAGACUAAUUGUUAUUGAAUAACAAAACAAACACCCUGCAGCAAAAUUACCCUUACACCGUUUAGGGAGGGCCGUUGGAUGAUAGGUAACACUUAAAACACACACAUACACAAACACUCAAAAAACUUGAACUAAAAUACAUAAGUUCUAGCAAUGUUGUGACACAUUCGAAAGCAACAACCAUCCGAGCGGGGAUUGUGUAGUGGCAGCUUGAAAAACAGAGAAUAAAAUCACAAAUAACACAAACAAGUAAAUAGUUCUGACCGACGUCCAACCGAAUGAACAGAACCAACGUGCAACGGUUGAGGGGAGCGCGGGCGUGCAAAGCAUAAUAGUGUACAAAUUAUAGUUAGUAGAACUGUUGCCGUUCAUCAAAGCUGUAGUGAACGCGAAAGUCAACUUGCCGGGACGAAGAAAAAAACAUUAACUUGAUGCAAACAGAUAAAAUAGAUUCACCAUUAAACAAAGAAUAUGAUAUAUGAAAACAUAAAACAAAAUGAAAAUGAAUAAAACAGGAAUGCAUAAUCCAUACUUAAGGAAAUCACAUUGAGAGAGUAAAGCAACAGCAACAAAAAAAUACACAUUAACUCAUACACGUACGCAGUUCAUGAAAUAUGUAAUAUUUUGUGAUGAUAUUAUUAUAAUAUAAAAUAUUGAAUAAAAGUAAUCGUUUCAAACAA